AUGCUUGUGCUUUAUGAGACCGCGGCGGGUUACGCCCUCUUCAAACUUGUAGGAGAUAAGAAGCUCGAGAAACCCGAAAACCUUUGGAAAGACUUUGAAUCUCCUGAAGCAGCCAACAAAGCUGUCAAGUUGCAAGCUUUUACCAAGUUUGAAAACACCACCGAUGCUCUCUCGGCUGUCACCGGUCUCGUUGAAGGCAAGGUGCCCAAGAAUCUCAAAAAGUUCUUGGAAACCGAAAUCUCGGAAAAGGACAUGAAGAAGGAACAACUCAUUGUCUGCGAUCCUAAGCUUGGUAGCGCUGUCAACAAAAAGUUGGGCAUCAAGGUGUUGUCCGAUUCGACCGUGAUGGAUUUGUACAGAGGCAUUCGUGAACAAUUCGAGUCAUUGGUUUCUGGUCUUUCUCAUUCCGAUUUGGCGGCCAUGUCUCUUGGUUUGUCUCACUCGUUGUCCCGUUAUAAACUCAAGUUCAGCCCUGAUAAAGUCGAUACCAUGAUUGUCCAAGCCAUCGCUCUUUUGGACGAUCUUGACAAAGAACUCAACACUUACGCCAUGCGUGUCAAGGAAUGGUACGGCUGGCAUUUCCCCGAAAUGGGAAAGAUUCUCGUCGAUAACUUGGCUUACGCCAAGGUCGUCAAGGCCAUGGGUUUCCGCACCAACGCCCACGCCACCGAUCUCUCGGACAUCUUGCCCGAGGAAUUGGAAGCCGAAGUCAAGGAAGCCGCUGAAAUUUCCAUGGGUACGGAAAUUUCGGACGAAGAUAUUGAAAACAUCCACGCUCUUUGCGACCAAGUGAUUUCCAUCACCGAAUACAGAACCCAGCUUUAUGAAUACCUCAAGAACCGUAUGAACGCCAUUGCUCCCAAUUUGACCGCCCUCGUUGGCGAGCUUGUCGGUGCCCGUUUGAUCGCCCAUGCCGGUUCCUUGAUCAACUUGUCCAAGCAGCCCGCUUCCACCAUCCAGAUUCUCGGUGCUGAAAAGGCGCUUUUCCGUGCUCUCAAGACCAAGCACAACACGCCUAAAUACGGUUUGAUCUACCACGCUUCGUUGGUCGGUCAGGCUAACCCCAAGCACAAGGCCAAGAUCGCCCGUAUGGUUGCUACCAAGGCCGCCAUCUCUCUCAGAGUCGAUGCCAUGGGUGAAACCGACACGCCUGAUCUCGGUAUCGAUGGUCGCACCAAGAUCGAAACCCGUAUCAAGAUGCUUGAAGGCCGUGUCUCUGCACGUGUCAACAAGGACAAGACUGUUCAGAAGCAGCAAAAGUUCCAGUUCAAGAAGCAGACCCAAUACAACGCUCAGAACGAUGUGGUCAUGACCGAAACCGCUGCUCCUGAACAAAAGGAAGAAGAGGUUUCCAAAAAGCGAAAGGCCGAAGACGCUGUCGAAGCUACCACCGAUGGUGCAGAAGCCAAGAAGGCCAAGAAGGAGAAGAAGGAAAAGAAGGAUAAAAAGGAUAAGAAAGACAAGAAGGAUAAGAAGGAGAAAAAGGAAAAGAAGGAAAAGAAGUCAAAGAAAGAAGAAGAACAGUAA